AUGAGUUCUACAUUUAGAGUACUUAGAAAACCCAUAUUACUAAGUCCACAUAAAUCAACGUUAGUUACCCUUGCAUGUGUUUAUUUGCAUUAUUUUCUUCGGGCUAGUAAAAUAUCUAAAAACUGUUAUGUUCCACAUGGAAGUUUUGACAUUAAUAAUGAAUCAGGGGAAAUUAUACCAGGAACAUGGAGAACAAAUUCAGAAAUUACAUCAUGUUUACCUUUCUCACGUAUUGGAUGCAAAUCGGGAGAAAACCCAAAAGCUAUAAGAGACGAACUUGCGACAUAUUUUACAAGUGAACAUGGAAGUAUUCCUUGA